AUAUUGAGUCUCGCACACAAGGAGGGAAAAAUAACUUUUCGAACUGCUGGCAAAAUUUGUUUUUUCUUUCUGUUUGUUCUUUUGGUUUUGAUUCACAUAGAUUAGAGACCUUUACCUGGAAGUGUACAAAGAAGCAGACUGCUCAUUCUCGUUGUAUCACUUGAAAAUACAGACUUAUGGAUAUUUAGUCAGGGACAUAAAAAUUCAAGUCAGAAACGAACGGAAGUCGCCAAAGUUUUUUCUUUCCCAGGCGAAAGGUGCUGCUCAUCGUCAUCAGUCAUUAACUAAACGGGCUUCAUGGAACAUUGAGGGCUCAUAAAUGGAAAUAUGGCAUGAAAAUUAAAGAAACAGUGUGAUAUAGCAAGGGAUUUAGUAAUAUGUCGCGAAAUAGUAAAAGGCAUAGCUCGAACCGUGGUUCAACAGGAUCGGAAAUCGCUCGCUCCACUCUUAAAGUUUUUCUUUCAAAUGGCGAUUCAAGAUCUGUUAAAUGUGGUGAAGCUACUGACAUAAAGGGCAUUGUACACCUUGUGAUUGGUAGCCUUGGAGCCGAUCCUAUUGUUAUUGGUGAUCAUUAUGGUAUCAUGCUUCAGCAUGUCAACAGUGACGAGUCAUUUUGGUUGAACUGUAAGUCUACUGUGGCAGAAGUGCGUGGUAAACAUGAGGCUCUUUAUCCAGCAGAUGAGUGGAAGUACUUGUUGAGAGUCAGGUAUCUUCCCGUUAGCUACAAGGAAUUGUACCAAACAGAUAAAGUCACUUUUUUCUAUUUUUAUGAUCAGGUCAAAAAUGACUAUCUUCAACAUAAGAGUGAUACUCAUGAUCAUGAAACUGCAUUUAGAUUAGGAGCACUAGAAAUGCGACGUUACUUCAAGGAUAUGCCACAAAUUGCACUUGACAAGAAAUCUAAUUUUGAAUAUAUAGAGAAAGAAGUAGGGCUUACCAAAUUCAUUCCUAAAGUAGUUUUAGACAACAUGAAGUCCAAAGUCCUGCGUAAAACCAUUCAUGGCUACUUCAAACAAUAUGCMAGUCUGACUGAAGAGGAAUGUUGCUGUAAAUUUUUUGAUCUGUUAUCUCAAAUUUAUCGAUUUGAUGUGGAAACCUUCAAAUGCUCAUUAGGGACUGGUUGGUCAAUAGCUGUUGAUGUAGUUAUUGGACCUAAGGAUGGCAUUAGUUACAGGGCUGAACAGGGUUCCAUUAUAACUCACAUGGCCAGUUUUAACCAAAUUCAGUCAAUCUCAGUCACAAGGAUACCACUUAUUCCAACACCUGUACAGACAGACAAACAGAAAGCUACUGUCAGUUUGAAAGUCUCUGUUGCUGCUGAGCCACUUGUAUUUACAACAUCCUCCAUUGCCAAGGCUGAAGAAAUGGCAGAUCUAAUUGACAAUUACUGUAUGAUAAUUGGUGGAAGCAAUCAUUCAUUAGUUUUCAAAAGACUGGAUCCAGACAGAACUCUUCCUUCAAUCCCAAAAGAGGAGAUAAAAAGUCAUCCACCAUUGAGUCAGACACUGAGUGGCAGUAAGCAGAACAUCACUCCAACAAACAGUGUGCCCGAGAAACGAGGAUCAAGAAGUUCCAUGGGAAGUUUAGGAAAGAAAAAUACAGAGUUUGAUGAUUAUGCUGAAAUUGUAGAUGAUGAUGAUUAUGCAGACCCCAUGGCAGCACUUCCCCUUCACAGUGUAUGGUAUCAAAAAGCCAAAGAUUAUGAAAUCCCAAGGGAUAUGAUAACUCUUGGACAAACUAUAGGACAUGGUCAGUUUGGUGAUGUUCAUCGCGGUACAUACCAAACAGCUGCUGACACAUCAGUUGCUGUUGCGAUCAAAACUUGUAAAAGCCCUGAAAGUAGAGAGAAGUUUUUGGAAGAAGCUUAUAUCAUGAAGCAGUUUGACCACCCACAUAUUAUAAAACUGAUCGGUGUCUGCAUGGAUGAGAACUUCUUUAUCGUUAUGGAGCUUGCAACGUAUGGUGAGAUGAGGAGCUACCUGCAAAAGCACCAUAAUCAGAUAAAUCUUGAAACCUUGCUUAAUUACAUCUUUCAACUCAGUACUGCGUUGUCUUACUUAGAAAGUAAAAAUUUUGUGCAUCGUGACAUUGCAGCAAGAAAUGUACUUGUCUGUUCACAUAAGUGUGUUAAACUGGCUGACUUUGGCCUUUCAAGAUGGAUAGAAGAACAGGCUUAUUACAAAGCUUCAAAAGGCAAGUUACCCAUCAAGUGGAUGGCACCAGAGUCAAUUAACUUUAGACGAUUCACCUCUGCUAGUGAUGCUUGGAUGUUUGGUGUUUGUAUUUGGGAGAUAUUAAUGUGUGGAGUGAAGCCAUUCCAAGGAGUAAAAAAUAACGAAGUCAUUGGUAAAAUUGAACAAGGUGAACGUCUUGCUCUUCCACCAAACUGUCCUCCAGCUUUGUAUCACAUGAUGACAGAAUGUUGGUCUUAUGAGCCGACAAAACGUCCUUCAUUUCAAGAUAUCAAGACCAGGUUAAGUGUUAUUGUCCAAGAAGAAAGAUUCCAAGCAGAAGAGAGGAUGAGAAGAGAAUCAAGAAGAAUAAUUGCCAUGUCAAUCGGUUCAGCUGAUGGCAUUGCUCCACCCAAACCAAUGCGACCGGGAAUAUCUCCUCUAGCCACACCUGUAUCAACCGGGGCAACAACAUUUGACAGCAGUCAAGGUCUUACCAGCCCUAGAGGUUAUCCUUAUCUACGGCAAGAAUCAGGAUCACCCAGAUCACCUUCCUCACCACGCUCACCUACUUCACCAAAUAGUCACACCUUACCACGAUCUCACAAAUCGUUCCACGAAUCUAGCGGAAUACGAUCAUUAUCAUAUCAACAACCCUCACGGCAUUCUGUUAGCGGUAGCAACACUUUGCCUCGAAAUUAUAAGCCUUUGAGUCCGAUUGCUAGUCCUACAGAUGUGACGUCACCAACAGGAAUGACAUUACCGACUGCCGAAGAUCAAGCCCGAAUAGAAGAAGAAGAAAGAAAAGAAAUGGAACAAUUAGAACAACAGAUCAUCAAUAAAAGACUAACACAACAACGACUUGAUUCCGUGGCUGAUGGUAAAUGGCUUGAACAGGAGGAGAUGAAUAUAGAACUACCUCGAUCGCCCGUGUUGUCACCAAAGAGUGCAUCACAGCAGCUUCCAUCUCCAGACGAGGUGCUGUCGUCUACCGUGGAGUCGUAUAACCCUCAGGGCGUGGCCUCAAUUGUCAAACAAGGGAACCUGUCUAAAGAAUAUCAUGGUACAUCAAGUAGAGCAGUGAUUCCUCAAGCGGCAACUAUUGGUGAAGACGUCACAGGUAAUGGUCAAGAAUCCAAGAAAAGAACUCCCAAUAAACCACGCGACACGAAUGAAGAUAGGUCAAGUGAUAAAGUAUUUCUUAAUACAACAUCCGUUGUUCAGUCAGUAAUCGAUCUUAAUACUGGGCUACCGUACUCGAGAUGUGAGGAAUACCCGAAGUUCGUCAAGAGUAUCGGAGUAGCAUUGAGGGGUCUUCUUUCAGAGGUCGAUAACGAAAUUCAUGAUCUUCCAGCUAACUCUCACAAAGAGAUUGAAAUGGCGCACAAAGUGUUAUCAGCGGACAUGGCGGAGCUAAUUAAUGCGAUGAAACUUGCUCAAAAAUACAGCACAACAACAUUAGAUCAAGAAUACAGAAGGGGUAUGCUAUCAGCAGGUCACGUGCUAGCUGUAGAUGCAAAGCAUCUGUUUGAUGUAGUUGACACUGCAAGACGACUUAAAAGUGCUUUAAACAUUGAUGACAAAUAGGACCAAAUAGAUCGCUCGCCGGCUUUAAGAAACAAAAACAGUAGUUUACUCGCAACGUAAAGUUGUAAGCCGUUUAUACAUGCAGAAAAUGACAUUAGAGAAGAAACAAUUAGCUACGGACAUUUCACAAAUUUCAAGAAAGGCAAUUUCUCAUCAGUAGACAAUUGUGAACGCUCAUAGCAUSGGACUGUUAACCACAGUGCUUCUUGGAACAAAAUGGCUUUAUCGUUCCCAGGGUUAUUUCGGUCGCCUCUCAUACAUGACGCUUUGAGGGAAGACGACAUUUUGUGGGUUUAUAAAUUAAAAUGGACUACAAAUACA